GGAGCGUCGAGAGAGGGUGAGGGGACUUGCCAUUCCGCUUUCUCUCUCUUGGACUCAGCACACUCCACUCCUGCUCUCUCAGUUUUGGCACCAGAAUGAAUCAGGGAGACAAACAUCCAGCUACAGAAGGAAGAUGACAAUUUGUUCUCCACAAACAGAGCACUGAAAGAAUUAAAAGCAAUGGAUGACCUGGAGAGCAGCGAUUCAUCAUCUGAGUUGGAGCCUCUCAUGAUACAAGAGGAGGAUGGUCAUGCCAGUAGACCUCAGACAGAAGAAAUGGGGACAAUAAACACAGACUACUCUGAGUUUUGCUUCUCAGCAGCACAGUUAAAGCAAUCCGCGCUGAUGAGGCCGUACCUGCAGGAAAUGGACAACUUACUGAAGAGCUGUGAGGAGCUUACAGGAUUCACUAUGGCUACUAAAUACAAUGACACAACCCUCAGUGUUACACCAAGUACUGAUAAAAUAAUCAAGGCCAGUGAUGGAGAGGCAAGUGUCCUUACAAACUAUCUUUCAACAAACUACAUUGACACCAGGACAGAAAAUGCUUCCCAGAAGACUAACAUGCCCCUCACAUCAGCUGGGAACAAGCUGAGUGACAACUUGAUGGAAUAUGAGGGGCAGCUUUUGGGGAUGCUGGCCAUGCUAGAUGACAGUAUGGAAGAGACAGGUGUGGACUUGGAACGGCAAGUCUGGGCAACAGGCCAAGAAUAUGUGCACAUCAGUAAAAUGCUUCAAAGUUGCAUGGACCACCAACUGAACACUGAACUGUAUGAGGCAGAGGACACUGAACUGUAUGAGGCAGAGGAAAUGAGCCAAAACGACACGAUAAUUUCACCUAUUUGUGAGACAGAUUUAGGCUCAGAGAUGUCCGUGGCAUUGAUGCCAGUUGAGAGGAGAGAACAUCAGCUAGAGUUGAGCAAAGGGAUGAAGCAGACAUGUGGAGACGUCAUGGAGGAAAGUGAAGCAGGUGCAGAAAUACUCUCUAAAUCUGAGAGUUUGUUUAAAUUGGCCUCCAACUUAGAUGAAUUAACAGCAUUGGGAAAUGAUUUUGGAGAACAUAUAGAGCAAGUGCAGUGUUUGGAGAAACAGAGACGAGAUCUACUCACUGAGUUACUCAAGUUACUUGACCAACAAGAAACCCAAAGUGGUGAAGAGGAGAUAAAUAUGGAGGGAGAAGAGACAGAGGAGCAGAUUUCCAACAAAGUGGAUGCGUUAUUGACAUCAAUGAAAAAAGUGGAGGCGGUCAGUCGGGAGGAGAAGAAGAGAACCAGACUCAUUCUAAGAGAAGAAAGAUCAAAAGCAGAACAAAGUGUUUGGAAGGUGAUUCUAGAGCGGCAGGCACUGCAGGAGGAGCUCAGGAAGCUAAAGAAAAGGCUUUUCACCAUGGCUUGGGAGUGUGCUCAGAGCCAGGCCACGCUCCGCAGACAGCAGAGCCAAAUGGAGUUGCUGCACAAAGAAGAGGACAAGCUUCAUUCUCUGCUCCUCCAGCUGACGGAGGAAAGCUCCCAGUUAAGGUCAGCUCAUCAGCAACAGCUCCUGAAGCUGCAAGAACAACUUCAGAUCACCAGCCAGACCUGCCGUACGCAAGAGGAAAUGACAGAAUAUAAGAGACAUUCCUGUGGCGACAUCCAGCAGUAUCUGAGCGGGGGUCUCCAUGCGCUGGAAGAAAGGUACGAACCUAUUUUGAUGGCCCUGUUAAAAAGAAGAGAGGCAACAAGUGGAGCUCUUGUGAAAGCCAAAGAACAAGCCCAACAGCUUAAAGUUCAAGUGAGACCUUUAAAGGAAGAGGUCCAAAAGCUCGAAUUCCACCGGGUUUGUUUGGAGGAGAAACUGAAACUCUGUAGCCUGCAGAGACGAGAAGAAUUGGGACAAUAUAAAGAAAUGGUGACUUGUCUGGAGGAGAAGAGCAGAGAAUUGAAAACUGAACUGAUGAUCCAGAGGAGAAAAAGACAAGAUAUAGAGGAGAUUAAGGAGAGCCUCACCAGACAGCUGCUGGUUUACAGGGCUGCAGAUGGGGAUCACAACGCACUUGACCACAAUGAAGAAACGUGAUUUCGAUUUGAUAGGACUUUUUUUUUUCACCUGCAGUAUUUGGAAUCCCGCACUUUAGGCUUUACAAGACUCUCAAGAUCUUUUGUUACCUUUUUAUACAGUUAAUGGUCAUUAUUGUAUUCUGUGCCUUUGAUGAGAAGCAUGCCCAUAUGUGAAACGAUUGAAGCAUAAAUAUCAUGCAGUCCCACUAGCGCAAGACUGACAUUUACUGACAGUUACUUCUUGUUUCUCUGACUUUGUCAUGAUAAUUGUUCAAAUGUUUUUAUCACAUAGCAUGCAUUUUGAGAUCAGCUAGAGCAGGGGUCGGAAUUGUGGUAUGGGGAAAAAAGACUGUGUUUGUUAUUGAGCUAAAUCUUUCACUAGCAGUGUCUUGGGUGAUAAAGAAAGAUGAGGGCUGGACGGGGACAUAGAAACGGCCCUGGCAUAUUUGUCUUUGGCAACCCACUGUGAUUUUGCUGCUGCCAGACAUCCAAAUUCAGCAGUCUGCAUGGGAGGAGAGAGGUUGUGGUAUGUCCAAGCUAUCAUUGAUCUUAAAAUUCUCUCAAAAUGACAUACAAUAAUCCCUACUGCCAUGUGAAACUGCUUCUCCUUCCAGACCUCCACUUUUCUUACGUAACUCGGCCCAUCGCUGACGCUUCACGUUCAGCUGUUUAUCUAAAUGACUGGAAACUUAGUCAAGAAUCCGCAGAAUAUCAUCCAGGAGUAGCGAGGUGUGAAAGUUUGAAAAUGAACCAAUGGGCUGCUUUCCUUGUCAUACGUGUCGGCCACUGAGAGGAAGCUGCUCGCUAACAGAUUUCAUUGGACAUGUUAAUCAAAACGUCAACGUUCCGUCGGCCAUUCCAAUGUAUUUAAGAAUUGGGCUGCAUCGGCCUAAAAUGGGCAUUGUCUGGUGCAUGUAUGUAGCAAAUUGGUAGUAACCAUUUGGAUCACUGGUGGCCAUAAAGUGACGGCUGUCUGGUGGUUUUAAAACGGUUGGUGAUCCCUGUACUAGAGAGUGGAGGAUGCCUUCAUUACAUUAUGGAUAUUAUUGUCAUGAUACAGUCUCAACUUGGUUGCUUCUAUGUGUAUUUCUGUGUUGUUGUCAUGCCAUGCUUUGCACCGCCAACAAAUAUGUUUGUAUUUUCAGUCAGCAACUUAGACAUUUAUGUGUUGAACAGUGGCUUGUGUUUUCGUAUUCACCUUUUUUUCCUAG